CCCCUGCUUCCCCCCACUCCCUCCCUCUGCUUUCUCCACCUUCUCCCCUAAUCCCACCGGAAACCCUAACCACCUUCUUCUCCAUCCCACUCCCUCCUUUUUCACGCGAUCUUAAAAACUUCUUCCCAAUUACCCUGUCUCUCUCAGCAUGGCAAAAAAGGAUUGCGGCAAUCACGGCUCCUACUACCGCCACAAGCUCUACCGCCGGAUCUUCGCCUUCUUUCUAACCCUAAUCAUUCUGAUCCUCUUCAUCAUCCUCGUAAUCUGGCUUGUUCUCCGCCCCACGAAACCCAAAUUCCUCCUCCAAGACACAUCAAUCUACCAACUCAAUCUCACAUCCGGCACCAAUCUCCUCUCCUCCAACCUCCAGAUCACCAUCUACUCUCGAAACCCUAACGAUCGCAUCGGGAUAUACUACGAUCGUCUCGAUGUCUUCGCCAAAUACAAAAACGAGCAGAUCACUGUUGCCACCGGGCUUCCCACCGGCUACCAGGGCCACAACGAUGUCAGCAUCUGGUCCCCUUUUCUCUCCGGCAUAGCCGUCCCCUUAUCUCCUUACAUCGUCGACGCGAUUGGGGAGGAUGAAAACGCCGGAUUCAUUCUUAUUUACAUCAAGAUCGCCGGCCGGCUCCGGUGGAAGGUGGGAAGCUGGAUCUCCGAUCACUAUCACAUCGAUGUGAGCUGCCCUGCUUUCUUCACCGUCGAUAGGGGUAACGGCGGAUUGACGGCGUUCCGGUUCCAGCGGAUGACUACUUGCACAGUCGACGUCUGAGGUAAAGAAGCCAUGAGAUUGCCGAGGAAAUGAAAUAAGGCUGAAAUGGUAAAUUUUCACCUUUUAAUUUUCUUAUUUUAGUUUUUUUUUUUUUUUAGAAUAAAAAUUUAAAUCAGCAAGUGUUUAAAUUGUACUAUUAUAAUUAUGAUGAUAGAACUUUGUAUUUAAUUGCUGUUUAA